AUGACAUCUUAUGUGCUACUGUAUGUGUUUGCUGCAGCUAUAGCAUUGUUUACAAUGUGUGGAAACCUUUUUGUUAUAAUCUCGGUCUGUCAUUUUCAUCAACUUCACACUCCAACCAAUAUCCUUAUUCUGUCUCUUGCAAUGUCUGAUUUUCUGGUUGGUUUAUUUGUGAUGCCCGUACAUGUCCUGAUUUGGAUUGAAUCAUGCUCACUGUUUGAGCCAAUAUUUUGUUCCUUCUCUAAUAUGAUUAGUUUCCAUUUAACAUUUGUCUCCGUAUAUAAUAUUUCUUUCAUUGCGAUGGACCGUUAUUUUGCCUUAAGUAACCCUUUCCUCUACUCCAAGAAAGUUUCAGUGUUAUUAGCUUUUAUUAUAACAACACAUGUCUGGAUUGUGUCCCUGUUUUACAACUGUGCACUUCUUUACUUAAAUGGGAAUUUCAACCAUGUAUGUCCAGGUAGAUGUCUUCCUCGCAUGGAUGAGCUGUGGUUUACUGCUGAUGUUGUAAUUGUUUUUAUUUUGCCAUGUGCUACCAUUAUAAUUCUAUACAUGAACGUUUUCUUCAUAGCUAGAAGGCACGCAGUUGCAAUCAGAGCAACAUUACAGGACAGACAAAGAGUGAAUGACCAGAGCAAUGUUUACUCGUCAAAAUCAGAGAGGAAAGCUGCCAAAGUCCUUGGAAUUCUUGUAUCAGUGUUUUUGAUAUGUUUAAUACCCUAUUAUAUUUAG